AUGCAGGACGGCAACGCAAUUGAACGCCCACACAGCGUAGCCGUCGACGUCCCAGACGGCUUGCAACAACCUCAUCAUACCAGAACUUUCUCUACUGGAUCCAACUCGGGGUUCAUUGAUCCAUUCUCUGAGCCCUCUCAAUACUAUGGACCCGCCACUGAUAUUGCACGCGCAAGUACUAGGUCAAAGAUUGGUCGUACAAGAACACUUUCAGCUGUCGAGAACAGAUUUAAUCGGCCAAUGGUGCACGAAGAUGACGCCUUCAGCAAGGUUCACCUUCAAAGAAGAGGAUCUAAUGAUACUCUGGUUAACAGAAGGUUUUUCAUUAGCGAUAUUGAUGAGACAUUACGAGAUCUCUUGAAGAAUGAAGAUAGCGAUUCCAAUUGUCAGAUCACUAUCGAGGACACUGGACCGAAGGUUUUGAGAGUUGGAACUGCCAAUUCAAACGGAUACCGACAAACUGAUAUUCGAGGAACAUAUAUGCUAUCAAACUUAUUGCAGGAACUAACUAUCGCGAAACGUUUCGGCCGAAAUCAGAUGGUGCUAGAUGAAGCUAGAUUGAAUGAGAACCCAGUCAAGAGACUUCGAAGGUUGAUUUCUCAUUCUUUCUGGAAAAACUUGACCCGUCAAGUUGGAAGUGGCAAUGUGGCCGAGAUCGCUCAAGACACCAAAAUUGACACCCCCGAUGGCCGGAUCCCUCGUAUCUACGUUCCACAUGAUGACCCGGAGCAAUAUGAGUUCUAUCUAGAAAUUGCACGAAAAAAUGAGGCCGUCGGAGGGGCCCGGCUAGAUGUUAGGUAUUUGAAUGAAGUGAUUGAUCCGGAGUAUGUCAAAUCUAUUAACGGUACUCCGGGACUUCUUGCUCUCGCAACCCAUAAGGUGCCUGAUGGCCAGGGUGGAAUUACCCUAGAAGGAUAUCCAUAUGUGGUUCCUGGAGGCAGAUUCAACGAAUUAUAUGGCUGGGAUUCUUACAUGAUGGCAUUAGGUUUACUCAAGGACGGAAUGUUGGAUCUUGCUCGAGGAAUGGUGGAGAAUUUCAUCUAUGAAAUCCGUCAUUAUGGAAUGAUCCUCAAUGCUAACAGGUCCUACUACUUGGGCCGCUCACAGCCCCCAUUUUUAACUGAUUUUGGAAUCAUGGUUUACGAGGCCAUGGUUGAGCAUGCCCAUCAGAAUGAAGAAGAUACUGAAAAAUCUUUACAAGAUGCCGAGUACUUUCUUAGACGUACAUUUUGCGCGGCCAUAUGCGAAUAUAAGACCGUAUGGUGUUGCGAGCCUAGAUUAGACAAGACUACAGGAUUGUCAUGUUACCACCCACAGGGAGUAGGUAUUCCUCCUGAAACCGAAUCAACACACUUUACUACACUUUUGACUCCAUAUGCUAAGAAGCAUGGAGUCUCUAUAGAAGAGUUCUAUGAGCUAUACAACAAUCAUACCAUAGUCGAGCCUGAACUCGAUGAAUACUUCCUUCAUGACCGUGCAGUGAGAGAAAGUGGACACGAUACUUCUUAUAGAUUGGAAGGAAUUUGUGCCAGUCUGGCAACUGUGGACUUGAACGCACUACUUUAUAAGUACGAGGUAGACAUUGCCAAGAUUAUCAAAGAGCAUUUCAAUGACGAACUGGUCACUGAAAACAGCGUCGAGCACAGCGCUGAAUGGACCAAGCGUGCUGAACUUCGAAAGGAAAGGAUGGACAAGUACCUUUGGAACGAAGAAGAGGGUAUUUAUUUUGAUUAUAAUCUCAAGUUGAAAAAGCAACAUCGUUAUGAGAGUGUAACCACUUUUUGGCCAAUGUGGGCCGGAUGCAGUUCUCAAGAACAAGCUCAGUUAAUGGUGGAUAAGUCUCUAUCUAAAUUUGAGGAAUUUGGUGGUCUUGUCGCUGGUACUCUGGCAUCCCGAGGACGUGUGGGAUUAGAAAGGCCCAGUAGACAAUGGGACUACCCUUAUGGAUGGGCGCCACAGCAAAUCCUAGCUUGGGUAGGACUUGACAAGUACGGCUUCCGUGGUCAUACCAAACGCCUUUGUUACCGUUGGCUAUACCUAAUGACCAAGGCAUUUGUGGAUUAUAACGGUAUCGUAGUUGAAAAAUAUGACGUAACCACUGGUACUAGCCCCCACAAGGUUGAUGCUGAAUACGGGAAUCAAGGUGCCGAUUUUAAAGGAGUAGCCACUGAAGGGUUUGGCUGGGUCAAUGCCUCUUUUAUUUUGGGAUUAACCUACUUAGAUGUCCAAGGCAUCCGUGCGAUAGGCGCCGUUACGUCCCCUGAUGUAUUUUUCAGGAAGCUCAAACCUUGGGAACGCGCAAGUUAUGGCCUAAGGCCAUGUAACGAGAUAGUCAAGUCAAACUAG